AGUUAACUUAAAUGUAAAUUUAGAGAAAAUACUUGAAUGGAGUGUUCAGUCCUAUUUUUGUUCCUCUUUUCGAAAGCUUGCACAGAUUAUUUGGGACUUGUGAAAUGUUUAGUCGCCUAGUGCGUACUGUCAAGUAAGAAUCCGUCCUGCAUAUGACCUUGUGCAAAGACAUUUUCCACAAAGCUAAGGACUGAAAGUGAAAAGCAAACUCGAUUACUUGAUCAACUUUCUUCCAGAAUUCAAGUUGACUGCCCAGUAUAGCCAUGAGUCUUCAGCUAACUUCAGCCAUCAUCUCCAGGCAGCUGCCUCAUUUUUUUAUGGCAAAACCAGUUAUACUGAGGUCUGUUGGUCUGGUGAAGCCUGUAUCUUUAACAAAGAUUCCAGGUCGGUAUCUUGCUCACCAGGAGGGUUUGCCACAUCUGCCAGUGCCUCCUCUGAAGCAAACCUUAGAGCGGUAUCUUCUAGCUUUGAAGCCAAUUAUUAGCCAGGAAGAAUGGAACCAUACUCAGGAACUUGUCCAAGAAUUUGGAAAACCAGGAGGUGUUGGAGAGAGACUACAAAAGGGAUUGGAGAGAAGAGCAAGGAAAACAGAAAACUGGCUGUCGGACUGGUGGUUGCAGACUGCAUAUCUUGAUUACAGGAUGCCUGUAGUGCUUCAUUCUAGUCCUGGAGUUGUUCUGCCAAAGCUGCAGUUUGAUGAUUGUCAAGGCCAACUGCGGUAUGCUGCUAAGCUUAUUGCUGGAGUUUUGGAUUUUAAAACGAUAAUUGACAAUGAAACAUUGCCAGUGGAGUACCUUGGUGAAAAGCCUCUUUGUAUGAAUCAGUAUUAUCAAAUCCUAUCUUCAUGCCGUAUUCCUGGUGCCAAGCGUGACUCUGUAGUUAAUUACACUCGUGUGAAGAACCCUCCUACGCAUAUCACAGUUGUGCAUAACCUGCAGUUUUUCCAGCUAGACGUAUACAACAGUGAUGGUUCCCCUCUGACAGUUGAUCAAAUAUAUUCCCAGCUGGAGAAGAUCUGGAACUCGUCUCUUCAGACAAACAAAGAACCUGUUGGAAUGUUGACAAGUCAGCAUCGGAAUACCUGGGCAGUCGCUUACAACAACUUGAUUAAAGAUAAGACAAAUAAGGAGUCAGUUCGCACAAUACAGAAGAGUAUUUUCACAGUGUGCCUUGAUGCUCCAAUGCCCAGAGUUUCAGAUGAGCUGUACAAGAGCCGAGUUGCAGCACAGAUGCUUCAUGGUGGAGGGAGUCGAUGGAACAGCGGCAACAGAUGGUUUGACAAAACCCUGCAGUUCAUCAUUGGCGAAGAUGGCUCAUGUGGCUUGGUUUAUGAGCAUUCUCCUGCUGAAGGCCCACCAAUCGUGUCUCUCCUCGAUCAUAUUGUAGAAUAUACGAAGAAAUGUGAAAUGGUUCGCUCUCCAAUGAUUCCUCUGUCAAUGCCAAAGAAACUGCGAUUCAACAUCACUCCUGAAAUCAAGCAGGAUAUUGAAAAGGCAAAACAGAAUCUCAACAUAAUGGUCCAUGAUUUGGAUAUCAAAGUGAUGGUGUUUGACCUGUAUGGAAAGAAUUUUCCCAAAUCCCAGAUGAUGAGUCCUGAUGCUUUCAUCCAGGUUGCUCUGCAGCUGGCUUAUUUCAGAAUAUAUAAAUGUUCUUGUGCCACAUAUGAAAGUGCUUCUCUCAGAAUGUUUCGCUUAGGAAGGACUGAUACAAUUCGUUCUGCAUCAGUCAGCUCUCUGGCAUUUGUACAGGCAGUGGAUGAUACGACAAAAGCUAAUACAGAGAAAGUAGAGCUGUUGAGGAAUGCUGUCAAAGCUCACAGAGCUUAUACAGAUAUGGCAAUACGUGGCCAGGCCAUCGACCGACACCUUCUGGGACUGAAACUGCAAAGUAUUGAAGACCUAGUUAGCAUCCCUGAAAUUUUUAUGGACACAUCCUAUGCAGUAGCCAUGCAUUUUAACCUUUCUACAAGCCAGGUUCCAGCCAAAACAGACUGUGUAAUGUGCUUUGGUCCUGUAGUUCCCGAUGGAUAUGGUGUAUGUUACAAUGCAAUGGAUGACCACAUCAACUUUGCCAUUUCAGCAUAUAACAGUUGUGCAGACACCAAUGCAGCCCGCCUUGCCCAUUAUUUGGAAAAUGCACUACAGGACAUGCACAGUCUCAUUCUGCAGUCACAGAAAUCCAAACUGUAACCAAGGCACGUCAACUGUGAUCUGUGGCUUGUGCCUUAUGAAGAGUAAAGUCCUGCACCAGCUACUUGAGAGAAAAUGGAUAUUUUGACAUAAAUAAUUGAAACUUUGUAUUAUUAAUUACAGAACGUUAUCACUGUAAAUAACCUUGUUUUCUGGUUUAUCCUCAAGGGCUGAUGAGAGUAAUUUGCAUAUAGUGACGUUGUGAUAAUUGUUUUGAGGCGAGAACCAGACAUGCGCAAGAGAAAAUGAUUUGUGUGCUGAAGUGGCCAGCCUGUUAAUUUUGAUUGGUAAAACAGUUUCCAGUCCUCCAUUCUGAAUCUGUAACUAUGUCAAUUGUUUUACUGUUGAAAUUACUUUUGUGAAUCAUAGUUCUUAGCAUUAUCUUCAGCAGUAUCUACACAACACUCUUUCUCUCAUAAAGCAGCUAGGCUGAUGCCCAAAACUGGUGUUCUUUCGGCUUUUCCCGAUUAGGGGUCGCCAUAGCGGAACUCCGGUCCGCUAAUGAUUGGCGGUAGAUUUUUAUGGUGCCGAGGUGCCAGCCCGACACCCAACCGUCAACGGUACUUUUCCUAGCAUUAAUGUGAUCGUUUCUUGAAACAAGUUUACUGGUAAAGUUGGACUAGUAUAUUGUUGAGGGUGAGUACUCUUCUGCAUGUUUACUUUUAUGUCUGCACUUAGAAACAGUAGACUGUGAGGGGUUUAGGGUGGCACUGUGUUCAUGUUAUUUAUAACGUUGCAAUACCAGCUGCAGUACUUGUCCACUGGAUUUGAACAAAAUGAAAACAUUAGAUUCAGCAUUUCAGUCAAUACUGGCACACACAAGUUUUUAAUUGCCUUUUAGUUUCAGUAUUAGACUUUCACACUUGGUAAGGAUAUCUUGUACUAUUUAAGCGCAGUAAGUAGGUUUAUUUGCAUGUUAAUUGGUUGUGAACUAGCCCUUCUCAGACUCCUCAGCCACAAGGACAAGAGUAAAGAGUGUAAAAUAGCUAAUCAAGCAGCAGUUUACUAGAAGGUGGUAAGAAAUUACAGUACCUGGGGAUAGGGUUACCACCUCUCCCACUUUGCGAGGGACAGUCCCUCUUUGGGCAGUUGUGUCCUG